AUGGCUUCGGUGGUCAGCGCAAUGCCGGGGUUGGACGGUCCCAAGACCAACCGAAGAGCUCGCAGUGAGAUGGAGACCUCCGAUAACGAGGCCCAUCCCGCCGGCAAUGGGACGCCGCGGAAGAGGAAGAGAAACCGCAAGGUGCAUUCCGAUCGCAAGUACGACUGCACCUUUGAGGGCUGCGGCAAGAGCUACUCUCGCGCCGAGCAUCUCUACCGUCAUCAACUGAACCAUGCCCCAAAGCAAAUCUACCGAUGCGACUUCCCAGACUGCUAUCGCUCCUUCGUGCGACAGGAUCUGUGCCUUCGUCACCGUGAACGACACACCACCCAAGGAUCUCAGCUACAGAAGCGCGAUCACUUCGCGCAGGCGGCCUCCAAUCCCAUUCCCAUCCCCAUCCCUCAGCCCGCGGCCGUCUCGCCGUCGACCGACCUCUCGUCCGGGCGUGCGUCGACUGCGGGCUUAUUAGAUUCCCAGGCCGUCAGCAAUGCGAACCAAAAUGUCGCGACAUCCUCGUCCCCUCCCUCAGCCGGUAGCAACCGGACGUUCGGCUAUCAGCAACUACUUCCGCAACGCGACAUCGAGACGACCAACGCCUCCUUCUCACGGCCUGCUGGCGCGAACGGCCACGUCUCUCCUCCCAGCCAGCCGACCGCGUACAGCCCUCCCAACCUACACAAAGCGCGUGGCGCCCUUCCAAACAGAAAUUCGGUGACCGGAUCGACGAGCUCUGGCGAGGUGGGCAACGAGCCCCAGUCGCGACCGUCCGUAUCCGAGUCCAGUCGCAGCUCUGCCGCCCAAUCUCAUGACCCGAGCUCGGUCUUUUCGAUACCGGCCGAGCUGACCGGGUCUUCCCUGGUCAGCCCGACGACGUACGGCUCUCAGACGGGCCUCCAGAUGCCCGUAAACGGUUAUUCAGAUAUCUCUCUAGCGCCUGUUGCGUCUUCGACUCCCACGUCACUCGGUCCAACUGCGAGCCUGAACGCCUUGGAUUCCAUGUCCGGAAUGAUGGCCUCCGGGGCCGUGGGUGACGGCGGCUUCGACUCGCUAACAUCGUGCGUCUACCCUAUUUUCGGCAGCGAGUCCUACAAUCGGUCCCCCUUCGCCAUGGCCGACGACUUCACCGCGUGGCUGUUCAACGAACCCCCGGCGGUGUCGUCGUCGGUCGGCUAUCCGUCCGGGACCACUAUGGUGCCCAACUACCUGGACGCCGCGCAACUGCAGAACCAGUUCUUCAUGGGUGACUCGGCCUACGGGGCGUUCUUGAGUGGCGUAGUGCCGCAUCACCCCAUGAGCGUGACCAGCAUCCUGGAUCCCGGAUCGCCGCGCGCAAUCAUGUCGGAGGACAAGCGGCAAGAACUACUGCACCUCAUGGCGACGCGGUUCAAUGAGGCGGCGUAUUCCGUCGUGGCCAAGCGCAAAGACGCCCUGAUGGAGGGCGACAUGGACGACGACAACCACGUGCUGAGCCUGCGAAUGAUGCAAACGUACGUUGGCUCGUACUGGUACCACUUCCACGCGCAGCUGCCCAUCCUGCACCGUCCGACCUUCGUCGCCGAUCAAGCGCCCAACCUGCUGCUGUUGGCCGUCAUGGCGAUCGGCGCGUCCACGCUGGACCACAUCCACGGGCCCGAGGUGACCGAAGCGGCCUCUGAGCUGGCGAAUUUCAUUGUCUGGCAUUUGCGCUGGGAGAUAUUCAUGGAUGCCGAUUUCCGACCGCCUGCCAAGCUCUGGGUCUUCCAGGCGUUACUACUGCUGGAGGUCUACGAGAAGAUGUACUCUACGCGUGCGCUGCACGAGCGGGCCCAUAUCCACCACGACACUACUCUGACUCUAAUGCGUCGCGGCAGCUCGUUGAUCGGGCGGUCGGCCUUCGACUCGCCCGCAAGUCUGCGCGAUGACCGGCAGGUCCGGUCGGCGUCGGGCUCGACCACCACGCCCGACUUUGCGGCCGACGAGUCGUGGACACACUGGAUCAAAACCGAGGCCACCCGGCGCGUGGCGUUUGCCGCCUUCGUGCUGGACUCGACGCACGCCACCAUGUUCGGGCACUCGGCCAAGAUGGUCGCACACGAGCUCAGGCUGCCCCUGCCGUGCGACGAGGCGCUGUGGUCGGCGACCAGCGCUGCCGAGGUGGCGCGCGUGCAGUCCAGCCUGCAUGCCAACGGCGUCAAGCCGGUCAUGUUCCUUGAUGGGCUCAAGAAGACCCUGAACGGCCAGCGCGUGCGUACAAACGCCUUCGGACGCACCAUUAUUAUGGCCGGCCUGCUCAGCGUCAGCUGGCACAUGAACCAGCGAGACCUCCAGGUCAGCUCGCUUGGAGUUCCUCAGGCGCUGGGCGGCCGGGACAAGUGGCGGUCGGCCCUGCUGCGGGCCUUUGACAAUUGGCGGCGCGAUUUUGACGAGGCGCUGGGACAGAUUGGAUCGCCGCCGUUCCCCAACCACGCCUACAAUCGCGUCCGACACCCGCUAGACGAGGACAACGUGUUUGAAUCGCGCGACGUGCUGCACGGCCUCGCCCACAUGGCGUCGCACGUGGACAUUGUCGACUGCCAGAUCUUCGCGGGCGCGGGGCGUCUGAUGGGCCGGUCUAUCACCCCGAGAGACUACAGCGCCGCCCGCGAGAAGAUGACCGAGCGCUGGGCAACCAAGGCAUCGGCCCGUGAUGCUGCCUUCUACGCCCUGAAGUUCUUGUCCGAGUGUUUGCUGAACUGGGGAAACGAGGAGGGCAGCGACUGCUACUCGGGCCGUCACGACUUCCUACUCAACCGGCCCUGGGUCAUCUACGUUGCAGCGUUGGUGGUAUGGUGUUAUGGGUUUGCCUUAGAAGGGCCGAUUGCCUCACCACCGGCUCUGGCAACGGUCGCCGAGCAGAGGCACGACAUGCAGGAGUUCCUGCGACGGGUCGGCGGCGUGAAAUCGCCCAAUGAUCUAGAGGGGAUGCAAGGACGGAAUCGGUGUCUGGGGCUGUUGAUCAUCCUGCGCCAGGGAUUUCUCGAUGCACGAUGGGAGCUCUUGGCGGAAGCAGCCAAUCUGCUCGGAAGCUGCAUCGAUAAACUACGAGGGACAUAG